CUCAACCAAACCUUCCCUCUGUAUUACUAAUACAACAGGGGGGACGACUUUUCUCUUCUGCACAUAAAUCGAAACUUCUUCCGAAUCCAUUCGCGAUACAGAGAGAGACCCAACACCGAUACAGAGAGAGAGAGAGAGAGAGAGAGAGAGAGAGAGGUGUUUUCAAGUAUAGGAAUUUCUUUGUGGUGGUGGAUGCGAAGGAAGGAGUUUGAUACGUAUAUACAGAGACAGAUAUAGGAAAAUGUAUGUGAAAGCGGAGGCGACGACGGAUCUGAAUCGGAACACGGAGUGGUUCACGUAUCCGGGGGUUUGGACCACCUACAUCCUCAUCCUAUUCAUCUCCUGGCUCGUUGUUCUUUCUGUCUUCGGUUGCUCCCCUGGCAUGGCCUGGACCAUCGUCCACCUCGCUCAUUUCCUCGUUACUUAUCAGUGUUUUCAUUGGAAGAAGGGGACUCCAUUUGCUGAGGAUCAGGGUAUCUAUAACAGGUUGACAUGGUGGGAGCAAAUGGAUAAUGGCAAGCAGCUUACUCGCAAUAGGAAGUUUAUCACGGUUGUACCUGUCGUCCUGUAUUUGAUAGCCUCCCACACAACUGACUAUCAACACCCGAUGCUCUUCUUCAACACCGUGGCAGUGUUUGUGUUAGUUGUUGCCAAGUUCCCGCACAUGCACAAGGUUCGCAUUUUUGGAAUCAAUGCCGAUCAGUGAGCAAUCCUGGUCCACUCAAGUAUGCAAAUUCCGUGCUACUCCUCUAGAUACGAUAUUUUUGGCCGAAUGAGGCAAUUUCACUGUAACGUAAUAUCCCUGUACAGAUGUUGAUACUGGAAAGGGCUUAUUGUUUUUCUUUCUUAUAUGCUUGAACCAAUAUAUUUGUCC